AUGGCCCUUCGAGCGGUGCUGCUUUGCUCGGCGCUGGGCCUCCUGGGCCUCCGCGGUGCCUUCGUCGCGCCCCGCGGCGCCGCCAAGGAAAGCGCGUGGGAGCGCGAGGAGCCCACCCGGAGCGCGGAGUUUACGGAGCUGGAGGCCUCCACCUUUGAGGCCCCUUCUGCCUCCAGCUCCCUGGACGGCCUGCUUCGCUUCGCUGCCGGCGCUCUGCUCGGCUUGGCAAUGGUGGGCAUCUCCGGCGCACCGGCUAAGGCGGAUGUGGAGGACGUGGUGAUCCCUGUGGAUGACAAGGGCAAGACCACGACCCUUACCAAGGAGCAGCUGGUGCGUGGCAAGCGUCUUUUCAACGCCGCCUGCGCCUCCUGUCACGUCGGUGGUGGCACCCGCACAAACCAAAAUGUGGGCUUGGCCAUCGAGGAGUUGUCCGGUGCGCAGCCCAAUCGUGCCAGCGUCGAGGGGCUUGUGGAUUACCUGAACAACCCUACGACCUACGAUGGACUGAAAGACAUCUCAGAAGUUCACCCAUCCAUCAAGGGCGGUGACAUCUGGCCCAAGAUGCGGUCCAUGAAGCAACAGGACCUGUAUGACAUGUCUGCCUACAUCCUCUACCAGAACCAGACCAUCCCAGAGAAGAGCUUCGGCUCCGCAUCGCGGAACUCCGUGGCCGUGGGGCGCUGUCAGCGGCCGCCACACUGGCUCCGCGACUGCUGCGAGGAGGUGCCGCCCGCACCGAAACGGCGGCCGCUGCAGGCGCGGGCGCUGUGGACGCCAGGGAGCGGUUACAGGCCCAGAGGCGAUGACCCACACCGCCGCCCCACGCUGCAGCUCCGGGAAGGAGCCGAGGCCAAAGUUCGCCGUGGCUACCCGUGGCUGCCGUCCAAGGCGGUGCGCAACCCGGAGGCUUUACAGGCCUUUACGCCUUGCCUCGUUAACGUUGAGGCCACAGAUGGCGACGUGCUGGGGGUGGCACUGUACAGCGGGCUCGGUUCCAUUGCAGCCCGCAUGCUGUGCACCACCGCAUAUGUGCGCAUCGACGCUGCCUUUUUCGCAGCGCGAUUGCAGAAAUGCCUCGCCUAUCGCGAGAGGCUCUUUCCGGAGCCGUUCUACCGCUUGGUUCACGGAGAGGCAGAUGGUCUCCCGGGCCUGAUGAUCGAUCGCUACGCAGAUCAUGUAGUCAUUGCACCGGCUGCCGGCAUGGAUUUGGUUUUGUGGCCCCUUGUCGAUGCCUUGGAGGAGGUCUUGAAGCCGAAGGUGGUCAUCAUCCGUCAGGAUACGCUCGGGCGGAGACGCGAGGGCGCAGCGCUGCGCCGGGAGGUGCUCUCGGGCCGCUACGUGGGCCCAACGGAGCUGCGGGAGAACGGAGUCUCAUUUGCAGUCGAUCUUCUCAGUGGCCAGAAGACUGGCUGGUAUUAUGACCAGCGUGACCACCGGACGUUGUUGGCAUCUCUGGUCGCGAAUACUCCUCGAGUGCUGGACCUUUACAGCUAUGUCGGCGGCUUCGGCGUGACGUUGGCGCACUACGGUGCGGAGUCUGUGGUGUGCGUGGACAGCAGCGAGGCCGCUCUGGAGCUUUGCCGGCGGAGCGCUGCGAUGAACUCCGUGUCGCCACGG